AGUCAAUAAAGUGAGUUGAACUUGGUAUUAAUGAAUUUUGGGUCGAGCGAGUUUUUGUCUUUCCUUCGCUUAUCGAUCACGCUUACGAUCAUUUUACUACCUUUUUUUUUUGUCUCGCCUUGAAAAUGAUUUUUUACUGGUUUUGUUGUUGUUGUGUUGAGCAUGCAAAUAAUUUUGGAGACUUUAGGGAGUUAGAUCUUUUAGUCGCGACCUUUAACUCUUUUAAAAAUCAAGUUUUGGACUACUAUUUGGUAGAGUCACGUUACCUAGGAUUAUUUUAUUGUUUACUUUUCCUUAAUUAAUCAAAUAUUUUAAUUGUUUCUUGAUAGUUGAACUCAAAUUCGUGUGUCAACCUAAUACGACCCGGUUUUGGUGUUGUCGAAUUUUGGGUCGGGAACAAAUUUUACCCAUCUUUUAAAUAUUUCUUCUUAUGAUAGUUGAACCCAAACUAAUAUGUGUUCAAACUAAUUCGAGCCGGUGUCGAUGUAUCCGAAUGUUGGGUCAAGAACAAAUUUUACCCGCUUUUAUAAUUAACGAAUAGGGUCUAGUGUGCAUUUUGUUAAGAACACACCCCGCUUUAUCGAAUUAAAUCUAGCGUUCUCGCAUUUUGGGGACGAGAACGCAUUUUACCCGCUUUUGUGAUCGACAAAUUGGGUCGCAUGUGGAUUAUGUUAGAAACUUGACCCGCUUUAUCAAAUCGGUUAGAGAAGUCAUGUGUGUUCAAGUUAAUUCACGUGUGUUCACAAAUUUUGGGUCGCUUUGGGAUUGAACCCAAAUUGAGCCCGCUUCUUAUGACAGUUGAACCCAAAAUCCCGCAUAAUCGAGUUAAAUCUAGUGUUGACGUAUUUUGGAUCGAGGACGGUUUUAUCAUUGACACUUUUGGGGGCAUGAAUGAAUUUUAUCCACUUUUGUAAUCAUCGAAUUGGGUGGAGAACACACUUUACCCGCUUUUGUGAUCAACGGAUUGGGUCGCGUGUGGAUUUUGUUAGAAACUCGCCCACUUUAUUAAACCGGUUAGAGAAAUUCAAGUGUGUUCACAAAUUUUGGGUCGCUUUGGAAUUGAACCCCAAUGGAACAUGUCUCUUAUGACAAUGGAACACAAAUUCAUGUUUGUUCAGGCUAAUUUGACCCUUUACCGGUGUUACCGAGUUUUGGGUCUUGAAUAAAUUUUACCCGCUUUUAAAAUUAACGAAUAGGGUCGGGUGUGCAUUUUGUUAAUAGCACACCCCACUUUAUCGAGUUAAAUUCAAUGUUGAUUUAUUUUGGGUCAAUGAUGAGUUUUACCCUUGUCACUUUUGGGUGCGAGAACACAUUUUUUCCCUCUUUUGUGAUCGACGGAUUGGGUCGCAUGUGAAUUUUGUUAGAAACUAGCCCCGCUUUAUCAAACAGGCCAGAGAAGGUCAUGUGUGUGCACAAAUUUUGGAUAACUUUGGGAUUGAACCCACCUCUUUUGACAAUUGAACCCAAAACCCCACUUUAUCGAGUUAAACUCAGUGUUGUCGCAUUUUGGGUCGAGGACUAGUUUUACCCUUUACACUUUUGAGGGCGUGAAUGGAUUUUAUCCACCUUUGUAAUCAUCGAAUUGGGUCCAAAAUGCAUUUUAUCCGCUUUUGUGAUCGGCAAAUUGGGUAACGUGUGGAUUUUGUAGAAACUUGCCCGCUGUAUCAAACCGGUCAGACAAAUUCAUGUGAGUUCAUGCUAAUUCAUGUGUGCUCACAAAUUUUGGGUUGCUUUGGGAUUGAACCCAAAUUGAACCUGCCUCUUAUGACAGGUGAACCCAAAUUCAUGUGUGUCCAAGCUAAUUUGACCUGAUACUGGUGUUGUCAAGAACAAAUUUUACCCGUUUUUUUACUUAACAAGUUAACAAAUUGGAUCGGGCGAGGAUUCUGUUACAAACUUGGCUAGCUUUUUUGAGUUGAAUCUAGUGUUGACGAAUUUUAUGUCGGGGAUGAGUUUUACCGCUUUUGUAAUCAACGAAUUGGGUUGCAUGUGGAUUUUGUUAAAAGCUCACCCCGUUUUAUCAAACCAGACAGAAGAAGUUGAAUCCAGUUUUCAAAAAAUUCGGGUCGCUUUGGUAGUGAACCCUAAUUGAACUCACGUCUUAUGACAAUUGAAUUGAACCCAUAUUCAUGUUUGUUCAAGCUAAUUCGACCCGAUACCGUUGUUGUCGGGAAUAAAGUUUACCCGCUUUUGUAAUUAAUGAAUUGGGUCGAGUGUGGAUUUUUUUACAAAUUUGCUCCGCUUUAUCGAGUUGAAUCUAGUGUUAAAUAUUUUUUGAAUACGAACUCAUACCAAUAAUUGGAACACGGGUUGGGUUGGGUUCUACAGGUUGUGUAAUCCAAAAUCCAAACCCAACCCAAAAGAGGCGGGUUGUACGAAAGAAAACCUUCACCCAACCCAAAAACUUCGUUUUAGCGAUAAAUACGUGUGGGUUGGAUCAAAUUGGACGGGUGGAUCGGUUUGCGGGUGUGUUUGUUCACCCCUACUUUCCACCACUCAUCACACACUCUCUCUUUCGUUCCUCUCUCUCCCAUCUGCCCAUCUCCUCCUUUCUCAGCAAUAUUACUGAACCAAAAGGAAGAAUAAACGAGAGGAAAACUCCAAUAACAAAAUACACGAGGGGGUGAUUUUUAUUUCUUGGUCUACAAUAAUCGAACUAUGACUCAACAUUUUUUUCUUAAGUUUUUUCCUUCAUUCUACCUUAAUUUCGAUUACCGGGUACUAAGGAACAUAUUAUUUCAGUAUUUAGUAUCCAUUUAUAAUUCAGUUAAAAAAAGGUCCACUUUACAACAACAAAUCAAUAGCCCCGCCGCGAAGCGCGAGCUUCCAACCUAGUGAAUUUUAUGUUUCAAGUUGAAAAAUUGAGGUCGAGAUUCACCCAUUUGAAGUUAAGGUAUAGUAUAAUGCUCUAAACUCUGUCUAAUUUAUGGUUUGAAUAAUAAAACUCGAUGGGCAUACAAUAGUGUCAACGUGGGCAUUACUACAAAAUUAAGAAGGUUUAGGGACAAAUAUAAAGGACAACAAAUUUUACUUGUCUUCGGAAAUGAAAGUCCUAGUGACAUAGAGGACAACAUCUUAAAAUUUUGCGGGUUUAUUUUAGUCGUCCCCGCAUCUAGGCGGGAUACAAAUUUUUAACUGGCAGCUCUAAGGGGAGGGGAGCAGAUCCGAUCAAUAACUUUCUGGUCAAUAACCAUGCAUAACCCAAUCACCAUCAAUGUCCCUUCUCUCUCCUGAAAAGCCUUUAAUUUUCCUCUACUUAAUUUUAACGGAUGAUUUCUCACUCGUUUUAAGUCAAAAAUUAAUUUUUUUUGCACAAUUAGAUCAGAUUAAUUGUGCUCUUCAAAAUGAUAUCCACUUUGAUAUAUUUUUGUAAAAACUAAAAUUGAGUCAUUUUUUACCAGUUUAUACCAUAUGGUAUUGACUGGUAUUGAUAUAAGAGCAUACCUAUGGUUUGAAAAGCGUAUCAUGGUGGUUUGAACAAACCAAGACUGUAAGAUGGUUGAAUACAUGAUAGUAGAAGUAUAUUAACUGUCAUUUACGACUUUUAACAUUGUGUACCACAAGAUACCACCCCGUACAAGGGUGGUAUUGUGUGGUAUUUUUUGGUCCUGUAUUUUGUUCACCCAGAAAUUUGUAGAUUCAAUAGAUCAUGAUGAACUCGUUCUUUCUGCGCAAAAAUUUUCAAAAACGAAUUAAAAAGAAGAAGAUACCAUAUGGUAUGCAAUUGGUACAGAGGCAAGAAAUUUUUUUUUCUCAAAAAAUAUUGAAAAUGGAUCUAAUAUUGUAGAGCACAACCAACUCGUUCCAUCUAUGCAAAAAAAAAAACGAGUUAAAACGAAGAAGAUAUAAGCCGAUUAAGAAAAUAAGGGGAAAUAAAAAUGGUCUUUGAUUCUCUAUCCUUAUAUCUGAAUUCAAUUUUCUGAAUGAAGGGUUCAAAUUUAAUUACAGAUGAGUGCAUAAACCAUGAUUAUGCACCGUAUCUUGAGCCUAAAGAGAAUGUCGCCUACUUUUUUCUUUUGAGAUUUAAAAUUUUUACAAGUAUUAGAAUUUGUUUUUUAGCUGUUAAAUAAAAAGGAUGAGGGACAUGGACUUAAUUAGGGUUUAAUCUUCAACUUCCCUACAUCAUUGUCUCCCAAAUAGUAGCGGUGGACAAAGCAAAGGAAGCAAAUCGACGCUUCUCUCAACUCCACUGAUUUUCAUACCCUUUCAUUUGCUCUCUAUGUGGUUAUCUCCUUUCAUAAACUCAUAUUUUCCUUCUGAUUUACCACUCGUAGGCGUGGAUGAUGUUGUUGGCAAGAGAUCAGAAUAGGGUUCUUGAAACUCGUCGUGUAUACAAAAUAUUCGAAAAGAAUGGCGUAUAACAAUAUCACAUAUUGCUACAGAAUUCGAAGGUAAGAACAUAUUAAUUGUUUCUCUUUACAAGUUACUUCGAUUCUCUUCUUAAUUUAAAAGAGGCAGUUGGAAAUUUUGGUUCUUUGUCUUUAAUUUUGAAGGCUCGCGGUUUGUGAGUUCUCGGUAGGAUGUUGGUUUUAUUUUGCUGCGAUUGUUUGAUUCGUUUUGCUUGAUCAUUUCACAUGGUGGAAGAAGGGUUCUGUUUUUAAGAUCUUAUUCAUAUUUCAGUUCCUAAAAAACUUGGGCGCUUUCAUAAGAUUUUUGGUGCUAUAGUAGUGGAUGAGAUUAUAGAUUUUGUAUUACUUCUAUUCAUGUGAGUUACAUAGGUUUGUAGCUUUUUUACAUUUAUUUUGUCGAAAAAAGGUACGUUUAAAGGGCGCCCCAACCUUUAUCCAUUAAUAACUCUUGGAGUCUCAACUCCAAUACUGUCAAAAUAAAACCAGUACCGCAAAGUGCUACUAGGGUCAUUCACAAUGUGCUUGCCAAUCGGUAGAUUAUGACCCAAAGAAGCAAGGUAAUCGGCCAAAGUGUCGUAGUCGAUGGUAUGAUGGACUCUGCACAGGUAAAACUCUACAUAAGGCCGAUUCCUCUGACCUCUCGGCUGCUCCUGCACAAAAUAGAGUAUAACUCCAUGCACAACUCCCGGUAGAUAGGCUCAUCAAUACUGAGGAGUAUGCACCACCACGGAUGAGCGAUAGCUGCUCAGAUCGUAGCCGGCAGUGGAACAUGUCAAACAUGUACAGAUCGAGGUACCAAUGGGGCCCUAUAUCCCCGUUCUGCCAUGACUCAUGUCAGGACCUGCAGUCCGGAUGAUCCACCAAAUGGUGAAUGUACGAGUGCGUAGGGUCAACCAUCCUACAAAAUCACCAAACAAUAUGCACCAUAUUUGGAAACAGUCACUAGACAAGCACAAUGGAGAGAAAAUUGGUUAUCCCACACUUAGGUUUUAACAUAACCAACAUGCAUUCAUAGGCUUUUCACAAGGUCAAGUGACCAACGUUUAAGCUCAAUCAAAUAAAAAACACAUCGAGGCAUGAAACUAGGUGUUUCAAAGAUCAUAAAGGCUACAAAUGAAGCUUAGUUCAUGCCUCGACAUCCACCAUUCGACAUGUACAAAAGUGUACCAAGGUUACAUUCAAAGCAUACACUUGGUGAGAAUUUUUAUUUCAAUUCAAACAUCAUAUCAUGCAAAUUUUUGCCCACCAACGCUCAAUAAACCCAUCAAUCACUUAAAAAACAUGCAAUUCGUUAUAAUUCAUUGUUUCCCUCGCCUAAUUUCAUCAUUCAUGCAAACAUCCCAAUUCUCGUUACCUAAGAACCCUAGAUCCAAUUCUCCGGGAACGGAUCAGGUCAGUAACCUUAUGGUGAAUAACCAUGAGUAACCCGUCCUCAUCAACAUGACAUCAACAUCCGUCUCUCUCCUGGAAAGCCUUUAAUUUUCCCAUCCUUUUAAUCUUUAACGGACGAUUUCUCACUCGUUUUAAGUCGAUUUUUUUUGCACAGUUAGAUCAGAUUAAUUAUGCUCUUCAAAAUGAUAUCCACUUAGAUAUAUUUUUCGAACAAAAAAAAAAUUGAGUCAUUUUUUACCAGUCUAUACCAUAUGGUAUUGACUGGUAUUGGAAUAAGAGCAUACCUAUGGUUUGAAAAGCGUACCAUGGUGGUAUGAACAAACCAAGACUGUAGAAUGGUUGAAUACAUGAUAGUAGAAGUAUAUUAACUGUCAUUUACGACUUUUAACAUUGUGUACCACAAUAUACCAUACCAGGGUGGUAUUGUAUGGUAUUGUGUGGUAUUUUUUGUCCUGUAAUUUGUUCACCCAAAAAUUUGUAGAUCCAAUAGAUCAUGAUGAACUCGUCCCUUCUGUGCAAACGUUUUCAAAAACGAAUUAAAAACGAAGAAGAUACCAUAUGGUAUGCAGUUGGUACCGAGAGGCCAGAAUUUUUUUUUCUAAAAAAAUAUUGAAAAUUGAUCUCAUUUUGUAGAGCACGAUGAACUCGUUCCAUCUGUGCAAAAAAAAUUAAAAUCCGAGUUAACACGAAAAAGAUAUGAGACGAUUAAGAAACCUAGGAAAAAUAAAAAUGGGCUUUAAUUCUCAAUUCUUAGACCCGUAUUUUCUAAAUGAAGGGUCUAGAUUUGGUUAUUGAUACCCUAACUUAAGCCCAAUUCUCCAAAAUUGACCAAGCAAAAGAUGAAAACACAUAUGGAGACUCAAGUAGGAUCGAAGAGGAAGGUGGGGAGGUGGCGAGUGUUGCUUUGCACGAAACCUUAGAGACACCUACAUGAUUGAUUACCUCCUUCACUCUUGUACUUAAAAUGUUUGAUAGCAAUUUUAGCGAAGAAAGUGUGUUAUGAAUGGUUGUUCGUGAGUGGUUGUGGGUUGGAAUUGAGGAACAUAUGGUUAUAGGUUGUGUAAGUGAUCUUUGGUUGUUGUAGGUGAUUCUAGGAUGUUGAAAUUGUGGAACCUCAUGCUAUAUGUGCCACCACUCAAAAAUGCAUGUUCCCCAUGUCCUAGAUGAUACUGUCAUGGUGAAAAAUGGACAAGCGUAUGAGUAUGCACAUCUUUUUUCAUCAAAAUUGUCCCCACCCCACUAGUCAAGGGUGAGUGAUUGUUUCUUCAUAUUAUCAUGUACCCCAGUGAGAACCUAGAUUGCUUUGACGUUUUUUCUAAUUACUUGAGUUUUAUGCAUGGAUGACUGUGAUUAGUGAUUCGUUUAGACAUGUAGUGUAUUGGUCUGUGAACAAGGCGAGAGCUCUGCAUUUCCACGAUUUUACUGCAUUCGAAUGCCAUUUGUGGUGGUUGUUAAAGAGCUACAAAUUGCGCUCUUCCAUCAAAAAUCCGCGCUCCAAAGCAAACAAAUUCGCUGCUGUGCUUUCAACUGGACCCGCGUUUUAGCGCUCCAAUUUGGAAGCGUUGGGCCCAAACCAACGAAUUGUGUUACCUAAAUAUGGACCGUGAAUAUAGUAUUUGGUCUGGUCCAUAAUCUAUACUUCAACUUCUCGAUCUGGAUUAUAAAUCAUAUGUAUGAUCUAGUCUGGACCAGACCGCACCAUUUCCGGUACUAAUCAAAACGAACUCCGAAUUCUACAAUGCCAGGCGCGAAGCAUGAGCCAGCAACCGUUGCCCGUUGGUACCAAAUAAAAAAAAAACAAACAAAAAGGGGGAAAAGGCGACGAGCCAGGUGGCCAGACCAGUGACUCUCCAGUCCUCGUAUAAAUCCCGCGGAAACGAAGGAAAGCCGUUUCAGAAAGAGCCUCCCACCCCCAUCCAUUUCAAGCCCUACUUUUCUUCCUUCCUUCCUUCCUUCCUGUAUUGGGAUCAGAGACACCAGGACCAGCAGCAUUUUCAAUCUCCCCAAUUACCUAACAGCGACCUCAAUCCGAUCAAUAAUGGCCGUCCCCGAUCGUCAUCGUCAUCCCCGCUCCCUCAUCCCCAGCUUCCUCUACUCCUCCCCCGCCACCACCACCACCACCAAGCUUCUCGAUUUCGAUCCUUUGAUUCGUGAAUCUCCCUCCCGCGUAUCCUUCGAUUCGAAGAGGUUCGCGAUCCCUGCCCCGAGCGAGAAGAUAGCCAUGUACUCGCCCGCUUUCUACGCUGCCUGUACAGCCGGCGGUAUUUUCAGCUGCGGCCUCACUCACAUGGCCGUCACCCCUCUCGAUCUAGUGAAAUGCAAUAUGCAGAUAAACCCAGCCAAGUACAAGAGCAUUACAUCCGGGUUCGGAGUGUUGCUGAAAGAGCAAGGGGUGAAAGGCUUCUUCAGGGGAUGGGUGCCCACGCUGCUCGGUUACAGCGCUCAAGGCGCCUGCAAAUUCGGCUUCUACGAGUUCUUCAAAAAGUACUACUCCGAUUUGGCCGGGCCCGAGUUCGCUGCCAAGUACAAGACGUUGAUCUACUUAGCCGGUUCUGCAUCUGCUGAGGUGAUCGCCGAUGUGGCGCUCUGCCCCUUGGAGGCAGUGAAGGUUCGCGUCCAAACCCAGCCUGGCUUUGCCCGCGGUUUGUCUGAUGGACUCCCCAAAUUUGUCAAGGCAGAAGGCGUUGCUGGAUUGUACAAAGGGCUUGUUCCUCUUUGGGGUCGCCAGAUUCCAUACACGAUGAUGAAGUUCGCAUCAUUUGAGACGAUCGUGGAGCUAAUAUACAAGCAUGCAAUCCCGACCCCUAAGGAGCAGUGCAGUAAGAACUUGCAGCUCGGGGUCAGCUUCGCUGGUGGAUACGUCGCAGGUGUUUUCUGUGCUAUAGUCUCGCACCCUGCUGACAAUCUGGUUUCUUUCCUCAACAACGCCAAGGGUGCAACGGCUGGCGAUGCGGUUAAGCAGCUGGGGCUGUGGGGGCUUUUCACCCGUGGGCUCCCUCUCCGAAUCGUCAUGAUUGGAACCCUCACAGGGGCGCAAUGGGGCAUCUACGAUGCGUUCAAAGUGUUUGUGGGACUCCCAACUACAGGUGGAGCUGCCCCUCCUCCUGCUGCUGCUGCCAUAAAGAAUUGAAGAACAACAGAGAUAGAGUUCAUCAUGUGGCGAACUCAACGAGAUUAUUAUCAAUUUUUUUAAGUAGUGAGUUCAGAUGGUCAAAUAAUAGUAGCUUAGUUUUUGGCUCCCAAUAAUUGCACCACACCUUCUUUUUACUGUUCUUCAGAAACAUCACCCCAUUACAGAUUCUUUUGAAACAAACACGCUUUGUAUCCCGUUCAAAGUUUUGUCCCACAGGUAGUAAUUUCCAUUUUGCUUGUCCCUCUAUUUCAUUUACUAUUGUUGGUAAACCCUAGCCGUUUAUAAAGUCAUGAUAUUAUCUAUGUUGGUUUGGUGAUGAAACUAUGACAUUUUGAAUAUUAAUUCUUUUUUAUUAUUGUAGAAUUCCCAUUGCUCUAAGUAUGGUGUAUGAAAUAUGAAUACUCCAACCAAUAGAAUUGGUCUCACGGA